UACAAUCUAAAACUCUUUGGAGAGGGAGAGAGAUGUAAUCUCAGCACGGAAGAGAAUGCUGCAGUUUUCCGCGCUCAGCAAGAGCCCAGUUCGGAGGAGGAACCAAAAAAAGGAACUUCAACUCGCUCUGCAGCAGCAGCAGCACCCGCCGCCGCCUUGUAACAGCUCAAGUUUUGGAAAGGCUCGAUCUAAAGAGAUCUUAACAUCUCCGACGAGAUCUUGACCUCUUUCCUUUAUGCGAUCGCGUCUCUCGCCGGCUCGUCCUUUCAAAACAUCCCUCCAGAGCAGACUCACCCUUGCGCUCCAGCGUCUUCCCGGAAAAGACCCCAAACAGGAAGAGACGCUGCGAUAGUGACACGUGGACUUGGGCUUCUUGCAAAAGGGGAAAAAAACUCCCAUCCCAGGCUAAACUCACUACGCAGGUUUUCAGGGCGGGGAUGGACGUGAAUGAAUUUAGCUUGCCGAGGGGCUGGUGUUUUCUUUUGUUGUUCUCCAUCCCGCCCACGCGCUUUUAAAUUAAAUCAGCAUGCCAGAUAAAAGGGGCAGUGUACAGUAACAAUAAUAAAGCAUCUAAGGAAGAGCGGGGAAUUUCGCCUACUUUUCAUCUUUCCUUUUCUGCCCUCUUCUCCCCGGCCCCCAUCUGCCCUUUGGCGCCUGUCUACUUACCUUGUGGUUUGGGUAGUAGCUGCCAUCGAGCCGUUGCAUAAGGCACCUUUGACUGGUACUGAUUUUUAAAAAGAAAAAGUGAAUGGCCGUGAGUGUCAGCAAAAAUGAAGCACCGGUGGGCAGGUCUGAUCUACUCUCUCUCCUCCAUCACAAGCAUCAGCCGCUGAAGACCACAGAAGAAGGCAUGAAAAAAGAUGGGAUUGCUGAUUCCUAUUGGUCCAGGCCUGAAUCUCAAAUAUGGACCUUAACGUUGCUUCUUGGAACCUGCUUGCUCUACUGCACAAGGGUUGCGCUGCCCAUCAGUGUCGUAGCCAUGAGCGCACACUUCCAGUGGGACAAGAGGCAGUCAGGGAUUGUGCUAAGCAGCUUCUUCUGGGGCUACUGUUUAACCCAGAUUAUCGGAGGCCACCUGAGUGACCGGAUAGGAGGAGAGAAAGUCAUCCUUCUCUCUGCAUCAGCCUGGGGCUCUAUCACUGCCAUCACCCCCCUGCUCAUUUACGUGGGCUCUGCUCACCUGGCUCUUAUGACCUUCUCCCGGUUCCUCAUGGGGUUGUUGCAAGGGGUUUACUUUCCUGCCUUGGCAAGCCUGCUUUCUCAGAAAGUGCGGGAAAGUGAAAGAGCAUUUACGUACAGCACAGUUGGCACAGGAUCUCAGUUUGGGACGCUGGUGAUGGGUGCAGCAGGGUCCCUUCUCCUUGACUGGUAUGGAUGGGAGAGUGUCUUCUAUUUCUCGGGUUCGCUGACGCUGCUCUGGGUUUACUGCAUGUGCAAAUACCUCGUGAAUGAAAAGGCGAUCAUCAUCCCGUUGGAAGACUUAGCAAAGGGCUUCUCCUUAUCCAAACAGACCAAAGUGCCUUGGAAACAGCUAUUUAAAAAGGCCCCUGUGUGGGCAGUGAUCGCAGCUCAGCUGUGCGCAGCCAGCACCUUUUUCACCCUGCUGUCCUGGCUGCCGACUUUCUUCAAGGAAACGUUUCCCGAUUCGAAAGGGUGGAUAUUUAAUGUCGUUCCAUGGCUGGUGGCGAUUCCAACAAGUUUGUUCAGUGGAUUCCUUUCUGACCAAUUUAUCAAUCACGGGUAUGAAACAAUCACUGUUCGUAAGUUUAUGCAGGUCAUUGGCUCAGGCGUUUCCAGCAUUUUUGCCUUGUGCAUAGGUCACACCUCCAGUUUCUGCCAAGCGGUCGUGUUUGCGUCUGCCUGUAUUGGACUACAGACCUUCAACCACAGUGGCAUCUCAGUCAAUAUACAGGAUUUGGCUCCUUCAUGUGCUGGCUUGUUGUUUGGUGUGGCAAAUACUGGCGGAGCUUUAUUAGGUGUUGUUUGUGUGUACUUAGCUGGACAUUUGAUUGAAAUCACCAGUUCAUGGAUACCUGUUUUCAAUCUCGUGGCGGCGGUGAAUGCCCUUGGACUUUGUAUAUUUCUGAUCUUUGGAAAAGCCCACAGAGUGGACACAGACUCUGCCUACGUAGAACUGUAAGCCUAUCCACGGACCAGAUUUAGACAAGUGACAGGAAUCAACGUCUGAAAUGGCAAAACACGGAAUUUAAACUGGACAUUGAGAUAAUUUUAUGAAUGAAGGAACCUCUUCGAUAACAACUGGACUCCAGGGAUACCCAGUGGCUUACUGAUCUUUUCAGCUCUGUGUUGUUGACCCAUUUUGCUGCUGACCAGAGCGAUGUCAACACCGACUGGUUGCCUGUGACGCUGCAGGCUGUCUUUAGGUUCUUUUUCUACUGGGAUGCUGUUUAAAUUGCAAACAACCGCCCCCCAAAGUCCGUCCCAAUAGAGUUGGUAUUUACAGCGCCCUAGGAAUAACAGCGCCUGAGGACUGAUCUGUCCAUUAAAAAGUCUGUUUUCUGCAGUCUUCAUGUCAGACCUCCAGGUUGCAGCUGAAGAGUGUGAAAACCACAGAGUUUCUGUACCAAUCAUUUUGAUGUUCUGCUCCAGAGGUUUUUAAGCCGUCAUUGUGGGUUUCCUAUCAAAAAACGGCCAAACCCAGUUUGAGUUUUCUCAGCUCAGACUUAUAAAUGAAAGGGUGUGUGUGUGUGUGUGUGUGUAUGUGUAUGCAAGCAAUAAUUGCGUAGUUGUUUUUACUCAGUUAUAUGAGAUCCUGCCAGUUUUCCUCGAGGAAGAGUUUCUGUUGUGAGAAAAUGCAUUUCCCCAACGCUCAAACUUGCAAUAUUUCUAUCUCUAAGGAGAACAGGAUCUUAAGCUCUCCACUGCUAGCAGGUAGGGUUGCCACCUGGCUAGCAUUUUAACUGGUCUGACUUAGUAGAACCGCGUUACUUGUCAGAAAACCAGGACUGGGCUCUGAAAAGUCAGCAAACUCUGGAUUCUGUCAGGCUCCGCCUAGAAAUGGACAGAUUCCAUCUGGGCUCUUGUAUGCUGUGGCUCUUCCCACUGGCCCUCCUAGCUUGUGUGUUUCUCUUGCUUGAAGCGCUCUGUGGAAUUGGCUAGUACCUGGUGACAUGAGCAACACAUUUCCCCGUCUACUCCAGAACCAUGCCAUUUUGCAUACUGUUCAUUGUGUGUGUACGUGUUUUAAUAGGGUUGGGGGGUUGUUUUUUGGAGGCUGUGCUCUGCUGCUGAUUACACCAGCAAAGAAGUGCGGAUCUAACCCUUUAAAUGGGCUUAUACAGGGAGGUAAAGCUAUAGCUGUAAACCCAGUGAAGGAAUUGCUAGAAGUUUGUGUGAAGAAUAAAAUACAUUUGCAAGGGUUUUUUUAAAAAAAUAGAUGAUAUGCAGUAAGGCAGGGCUAGAAGGAACUCUAUUUUCAUCCUCAUUUUAAUUUCUGGGGACAGUAACAUCAACAUUUAAAAGGAGAAAUAGGAUCCAUGCAGACCCACAGAGAGUCCUAUGAGAAUUCCUUACCCAGAGGAGCAUCAAAGCGCUGAGCAUUUCCCCCCAGAACUGUCAGUCAGCAUAAAUCAGCUGUCCACACUGGGCUUAUUGGAUGAUGGCACUUUGGCACUCCUUUCCUAUCCCAUAUUAAAUUUCACAUCGUCAUCAUCAUUUAUUACCUGCCCUUCACCCACAGGUCUCGGGGCAAGUUACAACAAUUUUAAAAUACAGCAUUAAAAACAAUUAAAACAACCUAAACAUCUCAAAAUAGGGUUGGUCCUAAAAAAUACACAUCAAAGGCCAGGGUAAAGAGGUGCGUCUUCAGCAUUUGCCUAAAAUUGUUCAAUGAAGCUGCCAGAUGCACCUUGGUGCAGAGGGGUUCCACAACUUAGGGGCCACCACACAGAAUGCCCUCUUCUGGGCCACCCCCCCGUGCUUCUGAGGGUGGCGGGACUACCAAAAGGGCCCCCAAUGGAAAAUGGGUUGGGAUAAGUCAAGGAAAGAGCACCUUCCACAAAAUCCUCUCACUCUUUAUAUAUAUAUAUAUAUAUCUCCAAGAUGGCCAGUUUAUCUCUUUCACUAGUGCUUGCAUGACCCGAGAAUGAUAAAAGAACUUGUCCUUAGCUACCCUCUUGUGCCUUAGCAUUGCAAUUGCUGGAAGGAGUAAAAAGCCAGAUGCACUAGAGGCCAGGUUCAGUCAUAUUGACAGCUUCUUCCUUUGUUACUGACAUACCAGCAAUGCGAAGGGUUCUGCAGGCAACAGUCCAUCUGCAGACAUCAUGGAGGAAUCCCCUUCAGUAGCCUGGGUCUCGGAGCCUAGCCUUAAGUCUUUGUGAAUGUGAUCUGAAGUCACCUCAGACUCCUCCUUGAAUGUUCCAGGAACUGGCAGACAAGCACAGCGUGGACCUCUUGGUAGUCAGGAAGAGACAGGGCUGUAGAGCUGUAGAUGUAACGGUAAAUGUGCAGCCCCUAGUAAAAAUAGCAGCUGUGUGUCUUAAGCCCACAUCCAUACCAUACAUUUAAAGAACUAUUAUACCACUUUAAACAGUCAUGGCUUCAUCCAAAGAAUCCUGGGAACUGUAGUAUGUAAAGGUGCUGAGAGUUGUUAGGAGACCCCUAUUCCCCUCAUGAAGCUAGAGUUCUCUGGGAAGAGAGAUUGAUUGUUAAACACUCUGGGGAUUGUAGCUCUGUGAAGGGAACAGGGGUCUCUUCUAACAUCCCUCAGGGCCAGGGCCAGCGCUAGAAGGCGCCCAGGUCGGGCCCUAGCCGAGGGCCGAAGGGGCCCACCCCUGCCAUGGAUCAUGGAGAGGGAGCUUCCAGACAACCCCCUACUCCUGCAUUACCUCUUCCUUGACGUAAAUGCUGGUUGUGCUGGGGUGCAAGCCUGCCAUCAACCAAGAUGGCGGCUGAGGUUUCCCUAAGGGGCUGAUUGCCCUUCCACCAUCUUGGUUGAUGGCAGGGAUGCACGCAUGCAUGCCAUCAACCAAAAUGGUGGCGGAGGCAUCAGACCCUUAGGGAAGCCUUGGCCACCAUCUUGGUUGAUGGCAGGCUUGCACUGUGCAUUUACGUCAAGGGAGAGGUAGGUGGGGUCUGCGUGACAGUACGGGGUGGUGUCUGGGAGUUCCCUAUCUGAUCCGUGGCAGGGACAGGACCAACACUGCAGCAGAUUGCAGAAGGUAAGUAGGUGUGGCGUGCAUGGGGGCGCCAGGCUGGUGCCCAAGGGGCCUGCCAUGCCUGGCGCCAGCCCUGCUCAGUGCCAUUAACAAACAACAGUUGCCAGGAUUCUUUAUGGAGAGCCAAGACUGUUUAAGGUGGUAUGAUAGUGCUUUAAAUGUAUUGUGCAGGUGUGGCCUUAGGUUCUGCCUUUUCCUUGAUAACAUCUACUACACCCUACUAUGUCCAGCCCACAGCUGGGAAAAGUUACUUUUUUGAACUACAACUCCCAUCAGCCCAAUCCAGUGGCCAUGCUAGCUGGGGCUGAUGGGAGUUGUAGUUUAAAAAAGUAACUUUUCCCAGCUCUGGUCCAGGCACACCGACAUCUCAUGUUUUCCCCAAUCCCCACCAGCAGCAGCCAAGAACAUGGGCUGGAGAUGGGGAAAAGUGACAUGCCAUACCAUCUGGAUGUGGGUAAGUGGUACUAUACAUUAGAGAGGGAGAGCAGCAACGCGCGUGCUUUGUUGUACGUAAAGUGUAUUUUCAUUUUGCAAUAUUUGAAUGUUCUUUUCCCCCCCCUUGCACUUGUCCCAGUGGCAGCUACCGGUUGAGUUUAAAUGACCUCACUUGUUCACCUUUUGUAAAUGUAACUUUUAUUUACAUUGGCACGAUCUAUGCAGUGUUUGGAAGCAGGAGUUUUGUAAUGGUCUGUGCCUUUUGAGAGCGAUCUUUUGGACCCCAGCGCACAGGUGGUUUUUGAAAAGAACAAGGAGACAAGUGCUGGCAAGAUCUGUUGCUGAGCCAAAAAUAAAGGGGACAAAACCAGGCCAUCCAUUGGCUUUAUUUAAAUUAAAAAUUUAACAUGUUUUGUCAAUAAUAAAGCAGAAUUCCAUUCAUUAUUGAGAUUUGAAUCACAUAUGAAAUUUGGAGGUCCGUAAUGAGCCGAUUUUGUUUCUUUGCUACUUUAUUAAUACUGUACCUUGGGUGGGGCACCUUUUUCAGCCUGAGGGCCACAUUCUCUUCUGAGCAACCUUCUGGGGGCCACAUGAGCAAGGCCAGAGGCAAAAAUGGGUGGAACACCGAAUGCUAUUUUUAACUUCGUGCAGUAGGCUAAUUUCUGUACACAUUUCUCUAUCCUCCAUCUAGGCAAGUAAAAGCCAUUGUCCAGAGUUCAAGUUCCAGCCAGACAAAAACAUGCAAAAACAAGGCAAA